GGUGCCCGCUGCUGGCGCUCCCCGGUGCUGCCCCGCCAGGGGCUCCGACGGGGCUCCCGUCACCGGUGCCGGUGCUGCCGGUGCUCCCGGAUCCCGGCUCUGCCCGGGCCGAUGCUCCCGGUCCUGCCGGCGCCCGGUGCUGCCGCUGCCCGAUGCUCCCGCUCCCCGGUGCCGCCCGUUCCCGUUCCCGCCCGCCCGCUGCCGUCCCGCCCCCGCCGGCGCCUUCCGGCCCCGCCCCGGUCGUGGCUCCGCCGGCGCCAUCGCGCCGCUCCGUGCCGGGGCCUCCGCCACCGCCGCCGGCCCCGGGCAGAGAUGCAGCAGGAUGUGGUGACCUUCAAGGAUGUGGCCAUCUACUUCUCCCCCGAGGAGUGGGUCCGGCUGUCGGCGGGGCAGCGGGAGCUCUACCAGGAGGUGAUGCUGGACAACUACGAGUUGGUCACCAGCCUGGAUCGCGAGUCCAAGCUCCUCUACAAAAUGGAUCCCGAGGAGGAGUCGUGCGAGGGCGUCCCCUACAGCAGUGCCGACAGCGGAGCUCCGGACAGCUCCAGCACCUCUGCCUGCGGCGGGACUCCUGGCCAGGACCCAUCAGAGUUUGAGGACCAAGGACGCUGCGUCCUGCCUGCGUCACCAGCCGGAGCGGCCGAGGAGUCGGGGUACCCGCUGCUCUGCUCCCGCUGGUGUGACAUGGGGCUGGGGGCCUGGGCCAGGGACGCCCCCCGCCAGCUGCCGGGCUGGGAGCGGGAGGAGCGGCCCCUGGAGGUGUCGGGGGGCCGGGGGCUGCUCACCUGCUGCACCUCCAGGCAGAGCUUCGAGGACGAGGCCAAGCUGAGCGCGCACCAGCACGAACACGCGCGCCUGGCGCCCUCCCACCAGUGCGGCGCCUGCGGGAAGGCGUUCCGGCACCACCGCAACCUCCUGACGCACAAGAAGCACCGGGGCUGGCGCCGGCACACGUGCACGGAGUGCGCCAGGACCUUCUGCCUGCGGGGGGACCUGCUGCGGCACCGGGCCAGCCACGGCGGCGAGGGCCGGCACACCUGCGCGCUCUGCGGCGACAGCUUCCACCACAAGCGUGACCUGCAGGCGCACGGCAAGGAGCACGCCGGCCGCGCGCACCACCAGUGCCCCGAGUGCCAGAAGCGCUUCGAGGACGAGGCCAGCCUGAGCCGGCACCGCGCCACCCACUGCGAGGAGCGGCCCUUCCUCUGCGGGCGCUGCGGGCGCAGCUUCAGCUGGCGGGAGAGCCUGGUCAUCCACCAGCGCAGCCACGCGCAGGAGCGCGCCCACACCUGCCCCGACUGCGGCCGCAGCUUCAGCCGCAGCAGCAACCUGCUGGUGCACCAGCGCGUGCACACGGGCGAGAGGCCCUUCGCCUGCGCCCAGUGCGACAAGACCUUCGGCAACAAGGCCAACCUCAUCACGCACAAGAAGCUGCACCGGCGCUGCAGGACCUUCACCUGCGCGCAGUGCCGCCUGAGCUUCGGCUCCCGCAGCAAACUGCGGCUGCACCUGCGGGCGCACCGCGACGGGGACGUGGGGACCCUUGGGGCAGGGGACACUGGGGGGGGGCUGCCAGCAGUAGCUGUGGCUGCUCUGGCCGGGGUUCUUCUGGAGGGACCCCCGGGACCCCCGAGGAUGGAGAGCGAGGAGAAGCCGUUUGGGGGGGAUCCCCAGGACAUUGGGCCUGGGGGGACGCCUGACACCGGUGGCACAGGAAAGGGCUGUGCUGGCGUGAAGUGCGAGAUCGUGGUGAAAACAGAGCCGGAGGAUGAGUCCUACAUUGGGUGUCCCCAGGGCCUGGAUGCCACCAUUGCCGGUGUCCCCAGCAGCCCGAGCACUGGCACCAAGGCGGAGGUCGGGGUUAAACGCGAGCCUGAGGACGGGGCGUGCGGCGGUGCCAGCCCCAGCGCCUGGUGGGGGGACGUGCCCCAGCACCCCACAGCCUGCGACACCAAACCCGAGCUCAUCGUGAAGGUGGAGCCAGAGGAGGAGUCGUCCAUGGGGUGUCCCCACGGUCCGGGUGACCCCGGAGCUCCCGGCCACCACGUUGGCACAGGUGGCGAUGGUGCACGGUGUCCCAAGGAGGAGCCAGAGGAGCUGAAAGCGGAGGCGGCUGAGCUGGCGCCGGGGCCGGGGGAUGCCCUGGGGGGGUCCCGCAGGCCCCGGCCCCACCUCAGCCAGUGGACGGUGCGGCAGACGCAGGGCACCGUGGUUGAGCUCCGGCGCAGCCCGGCAGCGCCCGGGGGUCCGCCGGCCGUCAGUGAACGCCAAGGGCUCUGCCUGCAGACGGGCACAGCUCCGGCGGUGCCGGCGGGCAGCACGGGGCAGACCCCCCCAUCUGCACACAGGGCAGACGGCACCGUGACCCCCGGAGCUGAGCCGGCUCGGCGGCCCCGCGGCCACGCGGCCGAGCGUCCAUUCACCUGCAGCGAGUGCGGGAAGAGCUUCCAGCACCGGGGGAACCUCAUCACCCACCUGCGGGUGCACACGGGCGAGCGGCCCUUCGCCUGCACCGUCUGCAGCAAGAGCUUCAGCCAGAAGGGCGACCUGAUGCGGCACCAGCGCAUCCACACCGGCGAGAAGCCCUUCGAGUGCACCGUCUGCAGCAAGAGCUUCUGCUCCAAGCAGACCUUCAUCCUGCACCAGCGCAUCCACACCGGUGAGAAGCCCUUCACCUGCACUGAGUGCGGCAAGAGCUUCAACCGCAAGGCCAACUUCAUCACGCACCAGAAGAUCCACCGUGGCGAACGCCCCUUCAUCUGCGCUGAGUGCGGCAAGGGCUUCUGUGCCAAGAAAACCUUCAUCCUCCACCAGAAGAUCCACAUCGGCGACCGGCCCUUCGGCUGCUCCGAGUGCGGCAAGAGCUUCAGCCGCAACGGUGACCUGACGCGGCACCAGCGCAUCCACACCGGGGAGCGCCCCUUCGCCUGCGCCGACUGCGGCAAGAGCUUCAGCCACAACGGCGAGCUGAUCAAGCACCAGCGCAUCCACACCGGCGAGAAGCCCUUCACCUGCACCGAGUGUGGCAAGAGCUUCAACCGCAAGGGCACCCUCAUCACCCACCAGCGCAUCCACACCGGCGAGCGCCCCUUUGUCUGCCCCGAGUGCGGCAAGACCUUCAACCUGAAGACCACGCUGAUGAAGCACAAGCGCAUCCACACAGGUGAGCGGCCCUUCACCUGUCUGGAGUGCGGCAAGAGCUUCAAGUACAAGGGCAACCUCCGGACCCACCACCUCACGCACACGGUGGAGCGGGUCUAUCCCUGCACCGAGUGCGGCGAGGUCUUCCGGCACAAGAAGGAGCUGCUGGUGCACCAGGGCGCACACACCGAGGAGAGGAUCCUCUCCUGCUACCGGGAGGGAGAGUCCUUCGGCCCCUUCCUCCCCGUGCACCCGCUGCUGGUGUCCCGUGCGCAGCUCCCGCUGGAAGCCUUGUCCCAGUGCAAGUAGAGGGAGAGCCCGGCGUCCCGCCCGUGGCACAUGCCUGCAGCUGGAGCCACGGCAUGAGGAACAGUUCCAUCACUGUAGACCCAGACCUGUCGGGGCCGGUGGUUCCCCGGCUGUCGGACACAGUGGUUCGGUCCCAGUCCCCGGGGAGGGGGCACUGGCCGGGGUGGGAGCGGGAAUGCUUGUGGCGGCGCUGGAGGAGCUACCAGCUGCUCAUGGGGACAUGUGGUCAGGCUGGAAACUUGGGGCUGUGCUCUGGCACCGUUCCCAUCCCAGCUCACGGGGGAACUCGUCGUCCCCCACCCGAGGCUCGGCUGUCUCAUUUGUGCUUUCAAAACCUUUGAAAAGUGAAUUGCAAUGGGUAGAUGCGAAGAUUGGGAUCACCUUGUCUGUCCCCAGCACCGGGCUGUCCCCUCAGCGGGAUUUCUGUCCCCAGUCUGCUCCCCGACCCCGGUGCCACCCUCCCUGCCGCGGCGGACACGGAACCCCUUGUCUGUGCCGAGGGACCCCCGUUCAGCUGCUGGUUGGAAAGGGGCCAUUCUGAAGUGAGUGUUGUCAUUUCUCCCUGUCCCACAGUGGAUGCUGGACUCGGAGAAGCACCGACAGCUCCCCCAGCACCACACAGACCACCCUGCUGUGGGCGCAGCUGGUGCUGCGGUGCUCCCUGUGGGCUGGCUGACCCCGCUGGGGGCGGCUCAGCACCCCCUGUUGUUCCCCGCAGCCCCCAGCACCGUCACUAAGCCACGUUGGUGGGAUCCUUCCCUUCCUGCGCCCGCUGCGUGCCCGGGUUCGUUCCUCCAGCCGGGGUUUCUGCCAGGGGUGUUUCUGCAGGGGCUGUGGAGGUGAGAGGCCCCGGGGGCACCGUGGCCCCCCAGCUCUCUUCUCCGACUUGCCGUGCAGCUCAAUGCCACGCUCAUGGCUUCCUUGCCUCAGUUUCCCCAUGUGUGAAGGGGCGUAAAGCCACUUGCCAAAGCUGCCUGCCAGGGUGGGGGGCGGGUUAACCCCUUCCUGACCGCGUGGAGCCCUGGGGGAUGGCAAGUGCUGGGCUGGGGGGGGCUGGUACCGCCGCUGGGGACCAGGGGUGGCUUCAGUGACAUGUGGGAAUCCCUCCAGUGAGCCCUUGGAAUCAGCAGGUGAGCACCACGUGUAUUUAUAUCUCCAUUCUUUUCUAAUCUAGAAACCAAUAAAAAGUGAAAAGCAAA